AAAAACAAAAGAAAAAAAAACACUUGAGAAUCUGCAAAAACACCCAAAAAAUGAAAAGUUUCAAAGCUUUUAAGAGCUUAAAUUUUGCUCAGAUGCUCUGAAGCUUCAAAUAUUCGUAUGAACUAGAAAAGUCUUUGUCUUUUUUUUUUCCCUCUUAGCAGAAUGAUCUUUGUUUCAAAAUCAUUAGUUAGUUUCUCGUGCUCUUCUCCUUUUCCCCUUUUAGAGUAGAGCAAUACAGAUUCGUUUUGAUUUUGUUGAAGAACUCUGUUUCCUGAAACAACAAAAGAAAACAAAAAUUAGUUUAUUUUUUGCUUUUUCUUUCUGGAAACCAUGAAGGCUCCCUCAAAUGGAUUUCAUCCCAAUUCCACCGAAGGAGAGAAGAAAGCAAUCAAUUCUCAACUAUGGCACGCUUGUGCAGGGCCUUUGGUUUCAUUGCCUCCUGUGGGAAGUCUUGUGGUUUACUUCCCUCAAGGACAUAGUGAGCAAGUUGCAGCAUCGAUGCAAAAGCAAACCGAUUUUAUACCUAAUUACCCAAAUCUUCCUUCUAAGCUGAUUUGCUUGCUUCACAGUGUUACCUUACAUGCUGAUACAGAGACCGAUGAAGUUUAUGCACAAAUGACUCUUCAACCUGUGAAUAAGUACGACAGAGAAGCAUUGCUAGCUUCUGAUAUGGGCCUGAAGCUAAACAGACAACCUACUGAGUUUUUCUGCAAGACUCUUACAGCGAGUGACACGAGCACUCACGGUGGAUUCUCUGUACCACGUCGUGCAGCUGAGAAAAUAUUCCCUCCUCUUGAUUUCUCGAUGCAACCGCCUGCACAAGAGAUUGUAGCUAAAGAUUUACACGACACUACAUGGACCUUCAGACAUAUUUAUCGAGGCCAGCCAAAAAGACACUUGCUUACUACAGGUUGGAGCGUUUUUGUCAGCACAAAGAGACUAUUCGCGGGUGAUUCAGUUUUGUUUGUAAGAGAUGAGAAAUCACAGCUUAUGUUGGGUAUAAGACGUGCAAAUAGACAAACACCGACUCUUUCCUCAUCGGUCAUAUCCAGCGACAGUAUGCACAUUGGGAUUCUUGCAGCUGCAGCUCAUGCUAAUGCCAACAGUAGCCCAUUUACCAUCUUCUUCAAUCCAAGGGCAAGUCCUUCAGAGUUUGUAGUUCCUUUAGCCAAAUACAACAAAGCGUUGUAUGCUCAAGUAUCUCUUGGAAUGCGAUUCCGGAUGAUGUUUGAAACCGAGGAUUGUGGGGUUCGUAGAUAUAUGGGUACAGUCACGGGGAUUAGUGAUCUUGACCCUGUUAGAUGGAAGGGCUCACAAUGGCGUAACCUUCAGGUAGGAUGGGAUGAAUCAACAGCUGGAGAUAGGCCAAGCCGAGUCUCCAUCUGGGAAAUCGAACCCGUCAUAACUCCUUUUUACAUAUGCCCUCCUCCUUUCUUCAGACCAAAGUACCCGAGGCAACCAGGGAUGCCAGAUGAUGACUUGGACAUCGAAAAUGCUUUCAAAAGAGCAAUGCCUUGGAUGGGAGAAGAAUUUGGAAUGAAAGACGCACAGAGUUCGAUGUUUCCUGGUUUAAGUCUAGUUCAGUGGAUGAGUAUGCAGCAAAACAAUCCAUUGUCAGCGACUACUCAGCUUCCCUCUGCUCUCUCAUCUUAUAACCUACCAAACAAUUUUGCUUCUAACGACCCUUCAAAGCUGUUGAACUUCCAAUCCCCAAACCUCUCUCCCGCAAAUUCUCAAUUCAACAAACCGAACAUGGUUAACCAUAUCAGUCAACAGAUGCAAGCACAACCCGCCAUUGUGAAAUCUCAGCAGCAACAACAACAACAACAACAACAGCUGCAACAACAAGUACAGAUGUCACAUCAACAGCUGCAGCAACAUCAUCAGCAGCAGCAAGGGAUUUAUAACAUAGGUUCCGUAAACAAUGGCGUGACUGUUGUUUCUAACCAAGCCUCAUGUCAGAAUCAGUCUACUGGUUUUUCUCAGGCUCAGCUUCAGCAGCAGUCAAUGCUCUCUAAUGGUGCUACGAUGACACAACAGAACAUAGUUUCCGGUGGGAUUAAGGGCUCGUCUCAAAUGACAUCGCUUGCGCAAGAAUUGCAGUUUCAGCAGCAACUGGAAUUGCACAACAGUAGCCAAUUAUUGAGAAACCAGCAAGAACAGUCCUCGAUGCAUACACUACAACAAACUCUGUCCCAAAAUCCUCAGCAACUCCAGAUGCAACAACAAUCAUCAAAACAAAGUCCCUCACAACAACUUCAGUUGCAGCUACUACAGAAGUUACAGCAGCAGCAACAGCAGCAGUCAAUACCUCCAGUAAGUUCGUCCAUACAGCCACAGUUAUCGGCGUUGCAGCAGGCACAAAGCCAUCAACUGCAACAACUUCUGUCGUCUCAGAAUCAACAGCCCUUGGCACAUGGUAAUAACAGCUUCUCAGCUUCAACUUUCAUGCAGCCUCCACAGAUUCAGGUGAGUCAUCAGCAACAAGGACAGAUGAACAAUAAACCUCUUGUAACCACCGGAAGAUCACAUUCUGGUCACACAGAUGGAGAAGCUCCUUCUUGUUCAACGUCACCUUCCGCCAAUAACACCGGACAUGAUAAUGUUUCACCGACGAAUUUCUUGAGCAGAAAUCUACAGCAAGGACAAGGAGUAUCUGUGUCUCCAUCUGAUUCAGUCUUUGAGCGUGCAAGCAAUCAAGGCCAAGAGCUUUACGCAAAAACAGAGAGCCGGGUCAAUCAAGGCAUGGUGAAUUUGAAGAGUGCUCCUGAACACUUCAAGUUUAAAGGUGCGGUAACAGAUCAACUCGAUGUAUCCACAGCGGGAGCGACGUAUUGUCCUGAUGUUGUUGGCCCUGCACAGCAGCAACAGACUUUCCCAUUACCAUCAUUCGGUUUUGAUGGAGAUUGCCAAUCUCAACAUCCAAGAAACAGCUUAGGUUUCGCUGGUAAUCUCGAAGCCGUAACUUCUGAUGCUCUCUAUUCUCAAAAGGACUUUCAUAACUUGGUUCCAAACUAUGGCAACGCACCAAGGGACAUCGAGACCGAGCUAUCCAGUGCUGCAAUCAGUUCUCAGUCAUUUGGUAUUCCCAGCAUUCCUUUUAAGUCCGGAGGUUCAAAUGAGAUUGGUGGCAUCAAUGAUUCAGGCAUCAUGAAUGGUGGUGGACUCUGGCCCAAUCAGACUCAGAGAAUGCGAACAUAUACAAAGGUUCAAAAACGAGGGUCAGUAGGAAGAUCAAUAGAUGUUACUCGUUAUAGCGGCUACGAGGAACUCAGGCAUGACUUAGCAAGAAUGUUUGGCAUUGAAGGACAGCUCGAAGAUCCACAAACCUCUGAUUGGAAACUCGUCUACACAGAUCAUGAAAACGAUAUAUUGCUCGUUGGUGAUGAUCCUUGGGAGGAGUUUGUGAACUGCGUGCAAAACAUAAAGAUACUAUCAUCAGCAGAAGUCCAGCAAAUGAGCUUAGACGGAGAUCUUGCAGCUAUCCCAGCCACAAACCAAGCCUGCAGCGAAACAGACAGCGGAAAUGCUUGGAAAGUACACUAUGAAGACACUUCGGCCGCAGCUUCAUUCAACAGAUAGAAAACAAAAAAGAUGCAAAUACACCAAAAUCAACUUCAAAGUACAGCCUUUUUUUCUUGUACUGCAAACAACAAACUGAGAAGACGAAGAGGAAGAAGAAGAUACUGCAAGGUAUAUAUUCAUUUUUAUAGGACAGUGAUUUGAUUUUUUCAAUCUAACUUGAUGUUGUUGUAUUUUCUUGUUUCCAUAUUUUAUAUAACUUGUGAGCAACAAAAAAAAGGACAAGUCUAUUACGAGUGUCUUAAAACAGAUACUACAAUGUAAUGUAACUAAAGCUGAUAUUUUUGUUCCUCUCGCUUCA